GGGUUUGUGUGUGUGAGGGGCAGGAAUCCUGGUGGGUUCUGAUGUCCCUCCCUCUGUACCUGAGUAUUUCUGAGGGGUUGAGGGUGGAGCAGGCAACCACGUCUCUGGUUCCUGAGUGUCUCAGGUGCCCACCCUGGGCCAUGUGUCUGGGACAGGGCACCACAGGGGUUCCUCCUCCAGACAUGCUCCACGAGGCGGGCUCCCUGUGGCUGCUUCGGCUGCUCCAGGACAUCCAGCUGGCCCAGUUUUACCGACCCAUCCUUGAGGAGCUUAAUGUUACUCGGCCAGAGCACUUCGACUUUGUAAGACCUGAGGAUCUGGACGGCGUUGGCAUGGGCCGGCCUGCCCAGCGUAGACUGGCUGAAGCUCUGAAGAGGCACCGUUCGGGGCUCAAGUCUAAGAACUGGGAUAACAAGAUCCUUGGGGGCUUUGCCCCAGGGCAGAAGGAGACCACCCCACCCUCAGACAGCCUUCCAUCCCUCCCUGAGCCAGAUGGGGGACUCAAGUGUCUGAUCCCAGACCGGGCUGUGUGCAGAGGGGAGCUUCUGGGCUCCGGCUGCUUUGGUGUGGUGCACCGAGGGCUGUGGACAUUGCCCAGUGGCAAGACUGUCCCAGUGGCUGUCAAGUCCCUCCGGGUGGGUCCCGACAGCCCCGGCCCCGAGGGCACUGAGCUAGGGGACUUCCUGCGAGAGGUAUCCAUCAUGAUGAACUUGGAACACCCAUACGUGCUGUGUCUGCACGGCCUCGUACUGGGCCAGCCUCUGCAGAUGGUGAUGGAGCUGGCGCCCCUGGGCUCCCUGCACGCACGCCUGACCGCCCCGGCCCCCACGCCCCCGCUGCCCGUGGCCUUGCUCUGCCUCUUCCUGUGGCAGGUGGCGGGGGCCAUGGCGUACCUGGGGGCCCGCGGGCUGGUGCACCGAGACCUCGCUACGCGCAACUUGCUGCUGGCUUCGCCGCGCACAAUCAAGGUGGCUGACUUCGGGCUGGUGCGGUCGCUGGGCGGCGCCCGGGGCCACUACGUCAUGGGCGGACCCCGCCGCAUCCCCUUCGCCUGGUGUGCGCCGGAGAGCCUGCGCCACGGGGCCUUCUCUUCUGCCUCGGACGUGUGGAUGUUUGGGGUGACGCUGUGGGAGAUGUUCUCCGGGGGCGAGGAGCCCUGGGCCGGGGUCCCGCCGUACCUCAUCUUGCAGCGGCUGGAGAAGGACCGAGCCCGCCUGCGUAGGCCUCCCCUCUGCUCCAGGGCCCUCUACGCCCUCGCCUUGCGCUGCUGGGCCCCCCACCCUGCUGACCGGCCCACCUUUUCCUACCUAGAAGGGCUGCUCCAAGAGAUGGGAACUCUUGCCUCCCCAGAAACGGCCUGGCCUCCUGAGGGACGUUGUGUGAGGGAUGUCACAGAGCCCGGUGCCCUGAGGAUGGAGCCUGGUGACCCCAUCACUAUCAUCGAGGGCAGCCCCGACGCCAUAACCUGGAAGGGCCAGAAUGGUCGCACAUUCAAAGUGGGCAACUUCCCAGCCUCGGCAGUGACGCUGGUAGACUCACCAGCCACCCGUCCAGUCCACAGAGGCUCCCCUGCCCAGGGAGAGCGACACCAGGGAAACAUAGAUGGGGACAGAGUGAAGGUAAAGCUUCGGGAUCCCCCUCCAGCUCGGGGCCAGAGAAGGAAUGUGGCCUUGCAGAGGAUGAAAGGCAUUUCCAAGAGUCUGGAGUCGGUUCUGUCCCUGGGCCCCCGCCCCACAGGAGGUGGGUCGAGCUCCCCCGAACUUCGACAUGCCAGAACUGUGCCCCAGGGACCCCCAGGCGUGCCCCCCCGCUCCCCCGUGGCCACCAGCUCCUCUUCCCAGCCCAGCCAGCCUCCCAGGGAGCGGCCUCCCUGGCCCAAAAGAGAACCCCUACACAGUCACCCUGUGGGGGCGCCUGGAGCCAGCAAAGCCACCGUCCCCUCUGGGGGACCCUUGCCUGACCCCGAGUUGCAGAGGAGGAUUAUGGAGGUGGAGCUGAGCGUGCAUGGAGUCACCCACCAGGAGUGCCACGAGGCUCUAAGAGCCACCGGGGGUGAUGUGGUUUCUGCCAUCCGGAACCUCAAGGUGGACCAGCUCUUCUACCUCAGCAGCUGGUCCAGAGCGGACUGCCGGCGCAUCCUGGAGCGUUACCAGUGGGACCUCUCAGCCGCCAGUCGCUGCGUCCUGGCCCGGCCCUGAGCUCUGCUCCUUUGGGCACAGACACCAGAUGGACCAAGGGCCUGGUCACGUGGGACCAAGCAGAACCGGAACAAGGUCCUGACAGGGUGUGUUCCCACCUGGGGAGAGCCUGCCAUGGGCAGGUACUGGAGGAGCCCAGGAUCGGGCACUGGUGAGUGUCUCCUCACCCUGCCCGUUGGUCUCUGAGGGCGUGAGCUCCCUUGGCCAUAGGAGGAUCUAGUGCACUCUGCCCACCACAUUCCCAACAAAGGAGGACUUGGAGGAACAGAGCUGUGACACAUCACACCCAUGGGAAGCUUCUAUCGCUACAGAAAAUGAGCAAGAGGCCAUUCUGGGCCACGGGAACAGCCAUCCUGAACUGCCAUCAGCUACCACACUGGGCUCUGUGGGAGCAGCCAUCCUGACUUGGGGCAUAUGGACCAAACUGCCUCGGCUUGGUCUGGGGCCAUCAUGGGUGACGAAAGUGGCUCUCUUAGACUCGAGGACACUUGAUCCUGGCAGCAUGGAUUAUGAGAUGGGCCAGCCCCCGCCCAUCCAAGCUGUCAUAUUUCCCUUUGUUUCUUCCCACACCCGACUCUUUCUC